UCAAAAAUUGAAAAACCUAGUAGAAAAAUAGAACAGAAGUUUUCUUUUUUCAACUACUUUUUUUAUUCUUUUGAAUCGAAAUAUUUUAAAAGAAAAAAAAUAUGAUUCCACAUUUAAAUCAAGAAAACGACAAACAUUAAUUUCCAAAACAAAAAAAAAUAUUAAUCAAAAAAACAUGUCCGAAAUCGAUUCACAUCACGACUCCCAAUUAGAACUCUUUGGCGAGCAUAUGGAAAACUAUAAUGUCGAAGCCUCAGCUAUCCAUCGUAAACUUCAGAGUAAAAUCGAAGCUUUACGAAUUCUAAGGAAAGAACUCGAACAAUUUCGCACUGAAAGAGAUCAAUUCAAGUUGAUGGCAGAGACAUUGCAACUGCGAUACUCUGCCGUUCGCAGAAACACUGACUACAACAAUUGUGGCUUUGGGGGGAAAUCAUCAGUGGCAAAUAUGUUGCAUGAGACGAGGGAAAGAAAUAUCAAACUUACCACAGAACUGGAAUCAAUGAAACAAAAGCUUUUCGAACUUCAGGGGGAUAUAGAAGUCUUGAGAGCUCGAGGGAAUGUGGGAAUUUGUAGAGAUGUUCAGCCAUCAACCUCAAGUUCUGCGAACAAAGAGGAAGAGCAAUGGAAACAGGAAAAGGCAGAUUUCAUUUGUCAUUUAGAGAAUCUCAAAAAGAAGAAUGCUCAGUUAGCUUUCGAUUUGAAGGCAAUUCUUGAUGAAAAGGAAGAAGCUGUAACCGAGAGAGAUGCCUACAAAUGUAAGGCACAUCGGUUGAAUCAUGAAUUGCUUUUAGCACUCAAAGCCAAUGAAUCACAUCCAAGGCUUCUUGAUAUAGACAGCAUAGUUCUAGAAAAUAAGUACCUGCAAGAGAGACUAAAGAAUUCCGAAUCUGAAUUAGAAUUGACGACACAAUCGAUGAACAAAUACAAGGCAAUGCUGGAUGCAAAACGCAAGAAAGGUAUCAUUAAAUUAGGAAAUAACAGUCAAGAUAUUAUGUCCCAUAAGCAAGUGAAAAAAUUACUAGAUAAUGGUGUUGAUUUGCCUACAAAAACCGAAACCAUAGCCGAUUUAAAAUCUCUAUGUCUCGCUUUACUGGAUAAUCUCAACGAUAAGAAUCUCGCUCUAAAUCAUCAAAAGAAAACGAAUAAAAUUCUAGCAUCGAAAAUAGCCGAAUUAGAACAACGAAUCCAGAUAGUUUCUGGUUGUGAAUCAAGUUCAUCGGAUGUUAUCUGUUUCUCACCAUCACAAAUUCUACUCAAUGGCUAUUGUCCUUCAAGUGUUGACACCGAUGCCAAAUCGCCAAACGUUACCGAAGAUUCUGGCACAAUGUCUUCCGAACCUGAUGAUUCACAGAAAACCUCCAGAGUCUCCGAAGAAGAUGGUAUGUCUUCAUCGUUAUCAACCGAAUCUGGUCGAAGUAUUCUCUCAUCGGAGUAUGAUGUUGGCGGCGGUGUUGGUGGCAGCAGGAGCGGAACUCAAUGUACCUUGCUUACAAAUCAUGACCUCAUGACAUCGCUGUUUCAUCCUUCAUUCAAAGAUGUUAUCGAUACAAAUGUGUCGUCGAUAACAUCGUCCAUUGCAAAAGAACGUUUAGACGAUCUAAAAGAUUUGCCACCGGAAUUGGCUGCAAUGGUCCAAAAGGCAUUACAUGACUUGGACGUUCAAGAAUUUGAGGAAUCGCUGAUCGAAGAUGCAGCGCAUUAGUAAAACAGAGAAAUGAUAUUCUAAAUUUAUUAUUCCUUAAUUUAUAGCUUAUGUAAAUUCUAGUCAGGGAAUUGAUAUAAAUCGUAUAUAAAACCCCAAAAUAAGCUUAUUUCCCUAAUCCUCCUCCUGACCCACCCAAUUCUAUGUGUGUAUUGUAUAUGAGAAAAGUUACUGUAAAAUAACUAUGUAAAAUUGUAAAGGAACAAAGAAAUAUAGGUCGUGCUAGAGAAUGAAAAAGAAAAUAAUAAACAAAAAUAUUCUAAACUAUUAA